CAUCCUUGUUAGUAAUUGAAGAACAGGACUUAAUGAUGACAUUUUCCAUCCACUGGGACUUUGGUUUUCCUCCUAACCAACUUGCAGCUUAUUUGUUGAACCCAAAACUUGAAGGAAGAUGAUAGACUGAAGCCAUAGUUAUGAUUGUGAAGAGGGAGUGUUGUUCCUUCUAACCAGGUUCCCUUCCUAGUUGAAUGUGAUUCGUUACAGGAGCCAUUUGGAUAUCUCCAUAUAGUUCCGUCAAGCAGAAAUUUGAUGUUCAUUUGGUGUUUUGUGUGACAUCUUUUUUUCAGAGAUAAUUUUGAAGGAUUGCAAAAAGUGCACCAAUUGUUCUUCAAACACAAUACAGAAUCCUUAAAUCUGUGAAGAGAUGGAAUGGAGGUGGCCAAAAAUGAAAGCAAUAAACUUGGGACAAAAGAUGUGUUGUUUCCUUAUAUAAGACAGAACUUGAUUAGAUAUGUCAAAGACCACUGGAAGAAUGCUGAGUUAAUAAAAGACAUUGACUCAUUGAGGAUGCAGGCAGUAGAAGACUUGAAGAAUGGGUUAAAUGUAGUUCAAAUACCAGAUAUUGAUGAGGAGGAGGACAGACUUCAAGAAGCUAUCAUAACCAAUGUUUUUGAUCAGAUGGAUGCUGACCGUAAAACAACUGCAUUGAAACAGCUUCAGGGUCAUAUAUGGAGAGAAGCUUAUCAUAGUGGAAAGAUAGAGGGCCAUGUGUAUGAAGAUGUUAUGCCAGCACUAAAAAGUUGGAAAACAGCAGGAAAACAUGUUUAUAUAUAUUCAUCUGGUAGUGUGGAAGCCCAGAAACUUCUCUUUGGUGCUACAACUUAUGGAAAUUUACUGCAAUUUAUAGAUGGACACUUUGACACCAACAUAGGACCCAAAAAAGAAUCUACUAGCUACACAAAAAUUGCUAAUGAAUGUGGUUAUCAGGCACAUCAAAUUCUUUUCUUAACAGAUAUACCUGAAGAAUCUCAAGCUGCUAAGAAUGCUGGAAUGAAGACCACAUUAGUAAGCCGAGAAGGGAACAAGUCUCUUUGUGAAGAAGUAGUUAAAGAGUUUGGAGAAGUUAAGAGUUUUGACCAGAUAUCACUACUUUAACAUUUCUGUAGAAUUAAUAUCACAGAAUUAUGCUCAACACCAAUAACAAGUUUAAAGUGAAUUGCCUUGUUCUCAAAUAUUCUGUUCAGGCCUGUUUUAAUCCUCUUUUUUGUUAUCAUAACAUUGCAAUAGUAAUAGCAAAAAAAUAAGCUUUCUAGUUCUAUCAAUAAAUGUAAAUUCAGUUUGUGGGUAAAAUGUUUUGUGAACAUCCAUAAGGAA